AUGGUUUCGCACAAAGUUGGCACUGUACGGGUGGUGGUCGUGGGGCGAAUAGUAUGUACUAUUUUGCAUGAUGCAGGUACAGCAACGGGCCGCAAGGGCAGUAUGUGGGCAGCGGUGCCAGCAGCAGCGGCGUGCGAAGCGUUGGUGCCUGAUGAUGAUGAACCGCUGCUAGGGCCAGGUCAAUUGCCGCCACGUAACGCACAGUUAGCGCCGCUACACGCCGAGAUCAACAUUAGCAUCAUCAUGGUUAAGGGACAACUGGAGCUUGAGGUAUCGCAUGCUCGUCGUGUAUACGGCGUGAACGGUGAAGUGCCGGACUCGUACGUCAAGUGUUACCUCCGAGAUGGCGACAAGUGGCUUCAUAAGCGCAAAACUCGUGUCAUUAGGCGAACUACGGAGCCUCACUUCAAACAGACGCUUAAAUAUCUGGCUAGCGAAGCUCUCGGUCGCACUCUGGUGGUGAUGCUAUGGCAGCGAUGCGGUGGAUUCGAACACAACCUGGCAUUAGGCGGCGCAGAGAUCUGCUUGGACAAGCUGUCACUGCCGCAGCGCACGUACGGUUGGUACCCACUGUUCCCCGCUACGUCGUUGGCCGCGGACGAGUCCCCCGAUUGA